ACUACAGUUUAAAAUACACUUAACUGUGACUCGCGCGCAGUUACUUACUUAACUUUAACAAAAAAAAUACAUAUUUAAAAUUAUGGCAUAUACUAAGUUUUUAUUUAUCUUUACUCUUGCAACCUUUUCUCUUAAAGAAAUACAUGGACAUGGAAUGCUUAUGGAACCUGUGAAUAGAGGAAGUGCUUGGAGAAAAGGUUUUAAAACACCUAUCAAUUAUGACGAUGAUGGAAAUUAUUGCGGUGGUCUAUUUGAGCAAAUAAAGAAUGGUGGUAAAUGUGGUCUCUGUGGUGACGAUUAUACAAUGCCGCAGCCUAGACCAAAUGAAAAUGGUGGAACAUAUGGAACUGGUACUAUCGUUAAAACUUACAAAGCAGGACAAAUAAUUGAACUGGAAGCUAAACUAACUGCGAAUCAUAUGGGUCAUUUUCAGUACACAAUUUGUGUUCUAAACUCCGGUAAAGAAUUAGAAACUGAAGAAUGUUUCGCUCAAUAUCCAUUGAAACUAACAGAUGGCAACAACAAAUAUGUACUGAAAAGUUCUGAUAGUGGAACUUAUAAGAUGAAAGCUUAUUUGCCACAGAAUCUUAUUUGUGAACACUGUGUACUCAGGUGGGAAUAUGUUGCUGCAAAUAAUUGGGGCAAGUGUGAAGAUGGCAGUCACAAGAUGGGUUGCGGACCACAAGAAACUUUCAAAACUUGCUCUGACAUUCGCAUAGUGGCGUAAUAAUUAGAUUUUAGUGAAAAAAUAGUGUAACAACAAAAUGUAUGAAGAACAAUUACAUUACAAACAUAUUUGUUAUAUGACCUCCGUUUGGACACAUAAUCAUUAAACGCAUAACAACGCAUGAUUAUAUACCUUGCAUUGCAAAAUACAUGCAUGAAUGUACACAUUUAUCCCCUUCCUCUCCCUCUUACGGGCGGAUUGCAUUCAAAAAAUAUAAUCUAACCUAACUCAAAUCAAUUUGUACAGCAAAAGACGUUUAUUCGAACGUUAUUCAAUAAUAUAGUGUUUAAUCGUAUGUGUCCAAACAGGAUACGUCCCCUUAUGUAAAACAAUAUAAAACAAAAUUUGUUAUGUAAUUCA